GCCUAACAAAGAGAAGAGAAGGCAGCUAUUGGACCACGGCACAAUCACGCACAGAAGAUUCGUUAGUAAAGUACUAUAUGAUGACUUUACGGAGAAAUUAAGCGGAAGUCGUCCAAGUCAAUCCUUAAUUUUUGGCAUGUAUCAACCAUGGAAAUCGUAUAACUCCUUCGAUCGGAAACCGUAGCGAUGCAAGCUUGUGUAUGUACCUGCUGCUAGCAAUCAAUGGCGAAAACAAGCAUUUCCAUCUCAGGAACAGGAGUAGCGAUCAUCGCAACGGCAGCGGCACUGAUGUUGCCGCUUUCCGGCGCCGGAGGUCCCAGGGCGGCGAUCGGGAUGCCGGGCUGCAAGACUAGCUGCGGCGACGUGAGCGUGCCGUACCCGUUCGGCAUGGGUUCGGCCAUGUGCUUCUGGCCAGGGUUCAACCUCACCUGCGACGACACCAGCGAUCCCCCACGGCUCCUCCUCGGUUACGACUCCGUGCUUCGGGUCGCCGAGAUCUCCCUCCGGAACAGCACCGUGCGCGUCAUCCACACCGGCUCCACGAUAGACAUCAGCCCCCUGACCCGCAACACUGCCGUUCAGGACUGGAACUUCACCUACGGCAACUGCUUCACCGGAGGCGGCGGAGCGCCCUACACGCUGUCGAGCAUCAACGAGCUCAUCCUCACGGGCUGCAACGUCCAGGCGACUCUGCUCCAGAACGACGACGACAGCAACAUCAUUAGCGGCUGCGCCUCCUUCUGCUCCGCCACCAGGACGGCCUACGUCGGCGGCGUGGCGAGCGGCCACGACAAGUACUGCUCCGGCAUGGGCUGCUGCCAGGCGCCGAUAUCCAUCGACAGCUCGCCCAAGGAGCUGCGGUUCAGAUGGUUCAACGGGAACCAUUCCCAGGACCUGGUGCCGCUGCCCGUGUACGUGUUCGUCGCCGAGGAGGGGUGGUUCGACCAACGGUGGGUCAACGACGAGCUUGUGCAGAAGCUCCGUCCACCAGCGAGGGCCGCACUGGAGGUGCCCCUUAUUCUGCGGUGGGAGGUAGCCCGUGACGUCAACUCAUAUCCAAAUUGUUCCGCCGGGGAAGUGGCGGGCCGCAUCUGCAAGAGCAGCCGCAGCUACUGCAACCAAGAGAAUAGAGGGUAUUCAUGCAAGUGCUGGAAUGGCUACGACGGCAAUCCUUACCUCACUGACGGCUGCCAAGAUGUCAACGAGUGCGAGCGGCCAGAAGAAUACGGUUGCUUCGGCGAGUGUAGGAACCUACUCGGUACAUUCGAGUGCUGGUGCCCACGAGGAACCCAUGGCAACCACACCAUACCCAAUGGCUGCGUAAAGCCCGUCACAGGUUCCAUACUUCUAGGAGUUGGACUUGGUCUAGUAGGCAUUCUAAUCAUGGUUCUUCCUGCAAUCUUGGUUGUUCGUAAGACUAAGAAAUUUAUGGAAGCAAAAGAUUUGAAGAAAAAGUUCUUCAAACAGAACCGUGGACAAUUGCUGCAACAACUAGUAUCGCAAAGGACAGAUGUUGCAGAAAGAAUGAUCAUCACCUUAGUGGAAUUGGAGAAGGCCACGAACAAUUUUGACAAGACUCAUGAGCUUGGAGGUGGAGGGCAUGGCAUAGUUUACAAAGGAAUUUUAUCAGACUUGCAUGUUGUAGCAAUCAAGAAGUCCAAGAUAGUUAUACAACAAGAAAUCGACGAGUUCAUAAAUGAGGUUGUUAUCCUCUCCCAGAUUAAUCAUAAGAACAUAGUAAAACUUUUGGGGUGUUGUCUUGAGGUAAAAGUUCCAUUACUAGUCUAUGAGUUCAUUUCCAAUGGAACCCUUCAUGAUCACCUUCAUGCCAGUGGACAGAUUGCGCUGUCAUGGGAUAAGAGACUGAGGAUUGGGACCGACACAGCCAAAGCUCUUGCCUAUCUUCACUCAGCUACUUCAAUCCCAGUGAUCCACAGAGAUAUCAAGUCGACAAACAUACUUCUUGAUGCUACCCUAACAGCAAAGGUAUCGGAUUUUGGAGCCUCGAGGUACAUUCAAAUUGAUAAAACAGGGUUGACAACAAAGGUGCAAGGGACUAUAGGCUACCUAGACCCUAUGUACUACCAGACAGGUCGUCUCACAGAGAAAAGUGAUGUCUAUAGCUUUGGGGUUGUUCUUAUAGAGCUUCUCACUAGGAAGAAACCAUUUUUAUACUUAUCCUCUGAAGGUGACAUGGGGCUAGUUGAACAUUUCGUCACUUUAAUUGCUGAAGGUAAUCUGGUUGCGAUAUUAGAUCCACAGGUUGUGCAAGAAGGAGGUGGAGAAAUCAGAGAAGUUGCAACAAUAGCAGCAUCAUGUAUAAAAUCCAGAGGAGAAGACCGACCUACCAUGAGACAAGUGGAGAUGGCACUUGAAGGCAUUCAAGCAUCCAAGAAGCGUAUUUCAAAUAAUCUUGAGGACAAUAACAUCCAAAGGAAUUUCCAUUCAACCAACGCAAGAAACAUUCUUGGAGGGACUAGGGUCUACAGUUUGGAAGAGGAAUUCUUGCUGUCGGCGAGGUACCCCAGGUAGUUUUGCUUAUGUACCAAGGCAAUGCCUACAAGAUUUUUCUCCUUUGCUUUUGUUGGAAAGGAAGUACUCUGAUCUAACUUGCUUAUUGUUAUGCUGAAUGUAAAACAUUUACACCACUGAUAUGUGGUUUGAGUGAUAACAAACUACAGUUUGAUAA